AUGGAUCUGAGCCAGCAGUCCAUACAUGAUGUGAUUCACCCCACAGCAGCAUUCUCGACAUACAAUAGUCGGGAUACUCCUGUCGGAGCAACGCCAUUGUCAAAUGCGGGUAUUCCGUGGGCUGAUUCGCUCCUGAAUCCUAAAAACCGCAUCGACAGCCUUUGCCCGCCGAAGAAUCCCCUGUGGCGUAUCGACGGAUGUACGGCCUUUGGAACACAGCUCUAUGCCGUGCCACUGUUUGUGGAUAAGAUCCCCCCCUUUCGGGUAGAUGUCUUUAUUCCCGAGCCCGCAACACUUCCAGCAGACGUCCGCGAUCCUCUCGACCUUGACGUGACCUUUUAUACCAGGGAUCGCACUCGAAUCUCCUCGCUAGGUAUCACCAGUCAUGUCCUACGAUGUCUACAGUAUUGGAGCUCUGCCCAGAAAAACAUGAUGGGCAUCUACGAAAAUCUGCCCUUUGGCUCACGGAUUGUAUUUGAGAGCUUGCCCAAAAACAUUUCAGAGGCUCGCAUUUGCGUUGUUCCUACGCAUUACCUCGAAAGACAACUUCUCUCCGUCCCAACCCUGACCAAGUAUUGGGGCGAGGAGAUCAACCUACCACGCACCGUCGACAUCAACGACGUUGUGUAUCUGUCUCAGUUACACGACAGUGUCUGCCUUGUGGAAAUAGAAGGCAAAACAUGGAUAUUCAAAGCCUUGACAAGUUACACCAAAUAUCUCUACCACGAGCUCAGACAGCUUCUCAGAAUGCCACCGCACCCCAACGUCGUUUCCCGCCCAGUUCACCUUGUCACAAAGAAGUGCAGUUUCGGCAACAAGACGGCAGUCGUGGGGUUCACUCUGGAAUAUCACAUCUACGGAAGCCUGCGUGACCUGAUCCCAUUCAUGCAGCUCCACGGCCAGGUGUCGCUUGCUGAGAAGACGAAGUGGUCCCUGCAACUUUCCUCCGCCUUGCGACAUCUCCACAACGUCGCACAUUUCUUCUAUCCAGAUCUGAGGUUGGACAACAUUGUUCUGUCCGAGUCCCGUGAUGCCAUUAUGGUGGACUUUGAGCAGCGUGGCGUUUGGUGCGAGUUCGCGGCGCCAGAAGUCAAUGCGAUCGAGUACGUCCGGCUGCUGGCCAUUGAUGACGAAAUUGAUCCAGAUAUCCGUGACAAGUACGCCGGUAUUCUGUCGGAAAUGCUCCCUGGGUGGGAGCAGAUGGGUCAAGGAGAGGACUACAUUUGGCCCUCCCGGGGCUACAACGUGCCGUGGGCGUGCCUGACUUGCACUGAAGAGGAAGCCUGUGAGGUCUACAUGCUUGGAAGGGUCCUCUGGUGCAUCUUCGAGGCUAGCAGUGCUCCCCAGCGAGCUGCCGUGUGGCUAUCCUACCCGUGGGAGCCACUAGUAGAGUUCCCGGGUUACACUACAACGCCGGAACCCAUCAGGCAGCUCAUUGAUGCCUGCACGCGAGGAAGACAGAUUGGCCUAAGCAAAUACAUAGUCAGGAAGCAGAAAAAGUUGGUGAUGCGGGAGCUGGAGGACACGGAAGAUUCUACUCCUGAGCAGGUUCAACAAAUGGCAAGUGACUGGUGGACUAAGGAGAUUGCCUUUUCAGAGAAAUGGCUGAAUGAGCGGGCAGAAGGUAUAAAGAGGGGCGAUUGGAAUGAAAACUACUACAACCGCCCCAAGUUGCAAGAAGUUUAUGACGCUCUAAAUGCUUACAAGCAGCAGAGUGGUUAUGCAUUUUAG